AUGCAGCUCGUUGACCGGUACAGCGACCCACGCUUCCGGCUCCCCUACCCGGGCGAGGUCAGGGACGAGAGCCACUACCAGGAGCAGUCGCUGACGCUGGACGGCCUGCUGGGCAUUAUCAAAACUUGGUCCGCCUUCCAAACCAUGGUGUCCCGCUGCGGCGCCGAGCGGGGCGAUGCCCUGCUGCAGCAGACCCGGGAGGGACUCCAUGCGGUGCUCUCCAACGGCGACCCGGAGGUCGAUAAUAACGUUAUCCCUGUCACCGUCCGGUACUCCUACUUCCUGCUGAUGGCGCGGAAGCCAGCGUCACCCUGA